CGCAGCAACUGAAACACACCAGCUAUUCAUGCGGGACACAACAAGAGACACACACAGCGCGGUAGUCUGUUCUGUCUGAUGACACGGUUAUAUAAACUGAACUGUGUGGUGGGAGGGACGUUCGUUAAAAGCUAUGUUUAACACAUACGUAUGUCAGGGGAUGAUGCAUUAACGCUGACGGUAUGAACUGGGUGGUUGUACUUUCUGUAACCGGCGGAGCUCUCAUACUAAUCGGGGGCGGUUUGUGCUACCAUGGAAUUGGUUGGUUUCUGUAUGAGCACAGUGGGGUGUGUGAAUAUACAAGAAGUUGCAUCUUCCUCACCUCGGUCGAGAUCCUGAUGGGGCUGCUGAUGCUGGUGACAUCAUACGUAUUCCUCCAUGCUGCAAGUCUCUCGCCAGCUAGGCGCCAUUCUUUAAAAACACUCUGCGAACAGUACAUCUUUCGAAAGAAUCAGGUGAAAACUGUAACAAAAGCAAGACAAACGUUCUACCAGAUACUGCAAUGCACACAAUCAUGGCAAGAAUCAACUUUGAGAGAUAUACUUGAGAGUUGUUCGAAUACAAUCUACGGUAGGGAGCACAACUUCUCAAAUAUCAAGACCAUAUCGGAAUUUCGGAGUCAACAUAAAUUAACAGUGCAUGAAAACUACUAUCCCUAUGUCAAGAUGGCUCUUGAAGGAAAAUGUGACCUUCUCUUCCCUGGCAUUGUAGACUUUUUAACAGUCACAUCUGGUACAACUUCGGGCAAGAGCAAGACCAUUCCCAGAAACAGAAGACAGUUUGUCAAGACGGUUAUUCUUGCAGGACAAGCGGCACGAGCAGCAAUGUUACGUAUCCCUGGUCUGCACACGCUGAAGCUGUGCCAUGAUGUGAGGAUGGUGGAAGCGCCAAAGACAAUACGCCCAGGAGUGCUAACAGGUCCUGCCUCCUCCAUUGACUAUCCCUUGAGCGCCUUUGCGGUGAGUCCACUUGCUGUCUACAAGAUAGAUACGGAGGAAAACUGUAUCUACAUCCAUGCAUUCUUUGGCCUUAAAGAACAGGAUAUAAACAGCAUGGAAUUUCUUACCUCAAGCAUUGCCCUCAGCUUCUUUCGUGUCAUCGAGGAGAAUGUGGAACGGUUAUGUGAAGAAAUUGAACAUGGGACUUUAUCCAGAAAGCUAAAUCUACAUGAUGAUGUACGCGAGGAGUUACAAGCACAGAUACACCCGGACCCUGAACAAGCAGACUUUGUGAGGAAGACGUUGAGGAAUGGAUGUGAGAACAUUGUACAGAGGUUGUGGCCAUCAUGUGUCAUGCUGAAGUAUACUUCGACAGGAUCUUUUCAACAUGCCGCGGAGAUGUUGCGGCAAAAAUACAUAGGAGACCUGCCAGUGAGUUCCAGCAUGCACAUUGCUUCCGAGGCUCUCUACGGGGUGUGUGUGGACACGCCUGGUGACGACACACAUGUGGAGUACACAAUUAUCCCCCAGGAACACUUUUACGAGUUUAUUCCGGAAGAACACGUUGAUGAAGAACAGCCAGACACAUUGCUGGCGACUGAGGUUGAAGCAGGGAAGAAGUACGAGAUCGUGGUCACAACUAGAACGGGUCUGUACAGAUACAGAAGUCAGGACCUGGUAGAAAUUGCAGGCUUCACUGAGACAGCGCCGAAAUACAGGUUUUGCCAGAGAACUGGAGAGUGCCUAAGUGCAAAUGUUGACAAAUAUACAGUGCAGGUGUUUGACGCAGCUAUGAAAAUGGCUCAGUUGAAAUGGCAUGGCAGAAUGGAGGAUUACAUGGCAACUGAAAACAUAAUCAUUGCCAAAAUAAACGGGACAGUGCCCACGAAGUGGUUCUACUACGUGUUCGUGGAACUGGAGGACGAAGAUAUUAUCAUUACAGAAGAUGAAAAGAAGAAGGUUGGCGAAUGUCUACUGGCCUGCAACGAGGACUAUAAAGAGGUCCACGGCUAUGGAGGGGUUGUAGAUCCCGAGGUGAUACAGGUGAAAAGGGGCACUUUCAAACAAGCCAGACGUCUCAUCUUGAGUCUGAACCCUGAUGCUUCCAGCAGCCAAUACAAGCCAGUCAGGUUCAUGCGAAAUGUUCCCGUACUCCGCUAUCUCCUCCAACAUACCCAAGAUCAACACAACGAACAGGAAGCUCAUCAAAAGUAAGUCUUUUGUGUGCUCGACUCACAUGAGACAAAUGAACUGAUUCCCAACAGAGCCUCCACGAUGCACAGUAUAGAAUGAAAUGCAAUUAUAGAAAUUUGCUGAAAUUGCAACAAUCUUUUAUUCAGCAUAGUUCCUUUUUAGAAAACAAGCUCUUUUCUUUUAAGACAAAUAAUGUUUGAUAUAGAAGAAUUUAUCGCAAUGUCUUAUUCUUUACAACAACAAGAACUACUACUAUUACUAUUACCACUAAGAAUAAUAAUCUAUGGUACUGUCUAAUUCUUUGUAGAAAACUAUUUCUUUUUGCAUUGACUGCUACUAGUACUACUACUACUACUACUACUACUACUACUACUACUACUACUACCACUACUACUACUACUUCUACUACCACCACCACCAACAACAAGAACUACUACUGCUGCCGUUACUACUGAUAAUAAUAACAAUGAUAAAUAUAAUAAUAAAAAUCAGAAAUGUCGAUAAUUAUAUUUUUUUAUAAUUUGCAACACAUUUCACAGUGACGUGAUAACAGUCCGACUAGAAACCCUGCACUAUGCUAUAGUUUGAUAAAUAUACUCACACGCAAAAGAAACGCAAGUCGAGUAUGCAGUAUACAUGUUAUUUAUUUUCAACACUUAAGACAAGAAAUACUAAUAGGGCAAGAUUGACAAAAAUUUGACUGAAGACAGUUU